CAAGGUCAAGGUGCUGUUUGCCGGGCAGGACAUUGACAGAAGCCCCUUCAUGGUGAAUGUUUCCAAAGCCAUGGGGGACCCCACCAGGGUUCAGGCCCGCGGGCCAGGUCUGCAGCCGAUGGGAAACGUAGCCAAUAAACCUACCUAUUUUGACAUUUAUACAGCAGGGGCGGGCUCUGGGGACGUAGGUGUUAUCAUUGUAGACUCAAACAGCCGGAGGGACACAGUGGAGAUAGUCUUGGAGAACAGAGGAGACAGUAUAUUCCGGUGUACCUAUGUGCCUGUCCUGGAAGGCCCUCAUACCAUCUACGUGACCUUUGCUGGGCAACAGAUUCCCAGAAGUCCUUUCACUGUCAACAUCUCCGAAGGUUCGUUUUGACCUAUUAUUUCUUCCUUAAAAACAUAAAAUUGUCCUUUUCUGAUUGGGUUGUCAGAACCUUCUAAAAUAGCUUUAUUAGCAUUUGAAUAUUCUUGUUUACCCCCAGUUUAUCGUUUAAUUUAGUAAAACUAACCUUUCUGUCUGUCUUUGUCGGGGACUGGACAGGUCAGUACUUUCUUGAGGUCAGAAGCAGAACUGGGAGUUGAAAAACUGUACGUUUGGUUUAGGUGUGGGUCUUAGAUCAUCUGACUUUUCUUCUGGUCUAGUUCCAGAGGCAAAGGUGUCGAGGAGGUUGGGAAAUGGGCUCUGAUGUAUGUUGGCUGAGAUACGUUCUCUUAGUUUGAGACUUCGCAGACAACUUUCUG